AUGUUGCAGCCCAAAUACUGGUGCAAACACUGCAGUACCUACGUGAAAGAGACACCUUUUGAACGCAAACAACAUGAGAGCACGGCAAAACACCAGAAUAACCUCAAACGAUUUCUUCGCGAUAUCCAGAAUAGCCAUGAGAGAGGGGAACGAGACAAGGAGCGGGCCAAGUCAGAGGUUGAAAGACUGAGUAGAAUUGCUCGGGGUGGAUCUGAACAGUCUUCGAGCACUACGAUUACUGCGUCCUCAAAACCGACGCCUCCUCCGGUACAGAAAUCUACUCAGACAAGCGCCGAUCAGAAGAGGCAAUGGGCGCAAUUAGCGGAGAUGGGGAUUCAGAUCCCCGAGCAAUUUCGCGCCGAAGUGGCCAUGGCCGGGGACUGGAAAGUUGUGUCGGAACAACCCAUCGAUGAGCCACAGCCAGAAGAGCCUCUAAGUGUUGGAGUCAAGAAGCGGAAAUAUGAAGGCGAGAACGGGGAUGAAGAAGAGGCAGAGGCAGAAAGGCUUGGCCACAAACGCGGGUGGGGGGCAACCACCAAACGAUAUCCUGGUCAUGAAAAGGAUGACUUAGAUGACUUGUUGUCUGGGACAAUGUCUCUGAAAAGAGAAAAGGCCGUCGCUUCUUCUGCACAACUUAAAAAUGAAGAGAAGGAUUUCUCGGAGCAGGAGAGCGAACCUAACCUGGACGAAAAACCUGGUGAAGGUGGAACCAAGGCGGCGAUGAAAGAUGAAGGACCGCUCAAGAGGAUGGAAAAGCAUGACAGAGCUCAUGUGAAGGACGAAGCAGAUGCUGCCGGACAAUUUCGACCGAUGGGCAAGAUCCCUGAGGAUGUACCGAUCCCAAUAUUCAAAAAGCGCAAGGCUAAAGUAUCAUGA